AUGUUCUCAUCACCCGAGCAAAGCUUGGGUCAGACCACUGAGACACAGGUCAUCAGGGCUAAACUUUCCUUGGAUGUCACUCCAAAACAGCGAAGGCGACAAGCCUCCGGUCAAGGCUUUAACACCGAGCGACUAGAGGAUAAUGUGAAAGAGCCACGUGUACUAUAUACACCCACUAUACACUGUCGACCCUUUCAGGCGGUGCCACUGUUCUGCACGUUCCUCAUACUGGAGGUGCUGGUUGGGAUGCUGAAGGGGAAGCCUGUAGGUCGCCUCAACGACAGCCUCACCUCCAUGGGUCACGGCCUCAUCUACGAGAUAUCCAAACUAGUGAUGCGAGGUUUAGAACUCUACGGCUACAAAUGGCUGUAUGAGAGGCGGGUAGUGGACUUGGACUGGUCGUCUCCCAUUACUUGGUGGGUAGCGGCCAUCGGAGUCGACUUCGCCUACUACUGGAUUCAUCGAGCCACCCAUGAGGUGAACUUUAUCUGGGCGGCCCAUCAGGUACACCACUCUUCAGAGGACUAUAACAUUACCACAGCCUUCCGUCAGUCCAUUUUCCAGCGGUUCUUUGCUAUCGGCUUCUACCAUCCUCUGGCUCUCCUGGGUGUCCCUCUGCCAGCCAUUCUUGUCCACAUACAGUUCAACCUCCUCUUCCAGUUCUGGAUCCACACGGAGCUGGUAGAGAAUUGUGGACCUCUUGAGUGGAUCAUCAACACCCCCUCUCACCACCGGGUUCAUCAUGGAACCAACAAGUGGUGUUUGGACAAGAACUAUGCAGGCGUCUUCAUUGUCUGGGACCGUAUGUUUGGUACCUUCCAACAGGAGAAAAAGGAUGAGAAAAUAGUGUAUGGAUUGGUCGAACAGCCACAGUCCUUUAACGUCAUCUGGCUGCAGUUUUACUACAUGGUGGCUGUGUUGAGAAAGGCGAAGAGCAUGACCACGUGGGGCGACACCCUGAGGGCUCUCUUUUAUGGGCCGGGAUGGUUCCCCGGGACACCCCGCCUGGGAGACCCGGACACUUUCCCUGACGUGAAGGCCUCCAGGACGAAGUACGACCGCUACCUGCCCCUGUGGGAGCAGGUGUACGUGGCAGUGCACUUCGCGGUGGCAUUAAUAGUGCAGCAGGUGCUCACCAUACACCUGAUGACGUUCUCGUGGGUGACGGUGCUUGGCUAUAUCAUUUUUAUCGUGGUGACCACCGGAAUUAUUGGAGCAACAUACGACGGGUGGUGGUGGGCGCCGUUGAUGGAAGCCAUCCGCUGCGCCGCCUACGUCGCCUACGCCCGUACCAGACCCGUCACUGGCUAUCCCCAGAUUGAUGCUGCUCUCGUCGCCUACUUCGCUGUGUCCACCCUGGUGUGGGCCAGCCGCAGCCUCACUGUCCUCAACGUGGCUACAAAGACCGCCAAACUGGAGUGAGGGUUGGGUCUUGGGCUACCCUCAACCUGUACCAAUUGUGCUGACGACGUGCCUCCCCAGGAACUAACAUGUAGACUUGAAGAGGACACACACACACACACACACACACACACACACACACAAACACACACCCACACACACACACACACACACA